AGAAGGCAGGCAAGCUCAGAAGUUCCUUUAAUAAGCUAUAUUCCUACCACCUUUUUCCCCCCCUGUCAGAGACGUCUUAGCCCCACACAGGAACCAGGCUCACAUUGUUCAAUAGCCACCGACGUUUCCACAGUAGCUGGGAGGGCCGAAAGCUCUUUCCGCUCUUUGUUGCAAUUUUUUUUUUUUAUUUUUUCCUUCCUUCUUCCAACUUUCCAGUUAAAGAAUAUUGCUGGGGCAUUUCUGAAGUAAUUCAGGCUGAGCUUCAGAGAAAAGAACAAGAGGCAGGUGUAACUGGGGGGGAAGAAGCCCAGGAUGCUCGUGAAGCUUUUGCUGGUCUGCAGUACAGCAGGACUGGCAAAGCUGGUGGAACAUGCAGACCAUCAUGGAUCUCGUGAUGGUUCCGUGCACAGCCUAAAGCCACGAGCUCAUGAGACCUCUGCACACCCCCAGAGAGCUCUGCCACGCCAAGAAGGUUACUGGGAGGCAGAAGGGCUCGGGGAGGAUACUCAAGAUUACCCUUCAAGUGUGAUCUCCUCACAUCAGGAAGAGAGAGGGGAUUUUGAAGCUGAGAGCCCACAGCCCCGAAAUGGGAACUGGUGUUCCUUCACGCAGUCCCGGCUGGUCACAUACAUAGAAGCCUGCAUGAAGGAGAAGUACAUUGUCAACUCCCAACAGCCCUGCCCAAACGGAGCCCCAGACUGCCAGAAGAUCAUGUACAGGACAGCUCUGAAGCCAGUCUACCAAGUGAAACAGAAGGCUUUGAAGUCUUUGCAGUGGAAGUGCUGCCCUGGAUUUACUGGCAAGGACUGUAAACAACGUGAUCCUAAUUUUAUUCUGCUGCCAGGAACUGAAACUGAAGGACGAGAAGAAGAGAUCUCAAACCACAUGUCAACAUCAGUGGAUUCAAGAGAAAUGUUCGAAGUCAUUCAAAAUCAUGAGGCUUUACUGGAUGAUCUUCAAAGUGAUAUUCAUCAAGCAGCCAGCACCUUAGGUGACUUACAGAGACUAUUUGAAAACAACGGUACAAGCAUGGUGUUAGAAGUGAACCAGAGCAAUUCAGAUCAUCAAGAAAGGCUUCUGCAGCAAGUUUUGUUUCCUCAUGUGGAGAAUUUUCUUAGGAGACAUUUUAACCCAAUGUGGGCAAGCUUCAACAGAAGCUUACAGAACCUCUCCAACAUAGUAAGAAACCUGUCCCAUGAUGUGGAAGCCAACAGGAAAAGCAUAGAAAGGUUCCAAGAGAGCACCGUGCCCAAGAAGGAAUUCCAGGAGCUGGGAACGAAAUUUGAAUCAAAAGUCCAAGAAAGCAUCAUGAAAGUUGAUCAGGCAAAAAGAGAUAUAGAGAACCAAGUGCACAUUCAGCAGGCUAAUAUUCACUAUAAUCUCAGUAUGAUCAAGGCAGAUACUGACACGAAACUCAAGAAGCUUCAUAAGAUACAGCAUUCCCAUUUCUUAGCUCUGAACAACAGCAUAGCAAACAUGAAACAAGAGCAAAAUCUUCUUGAAAAUAAAUUGGAGGCUUUGAAAAAAAAUAUAACAGAACUCUCUUCUCAUCAGGGUCCCAAAGAUGAAAGCAGCCAAUUAACCAUCAAACAAAUGAAUGACAUUCUGUCAGGGCAUGCAAAGCAGCUUAAAGAACUUUACAUGGAGUCAGAUGUGGCCUUUCAGAAUAUUGCAGUUUUAGAGAGGUGGUUUAAGGAGUUAAAGAAAAACAUCUCCAAGUAUAGGCCAGAAGAUAUUACAAUAACUUUGGCUGAGAAAUCAGUUAUUAUGGAAGAAAACAAUGCAGCAGUGGAAAGGCAGAUAUCAGACCUCAACUACACUCUCUCAAACCUUCAGGAAAACUAUUCAGAUCUGCUGCGGUACAUGGAGGAAUGCAAUUGCCAGAGGUUAUCUUCUGACACUGAUGUACUGAAGGAAGAUCUCAGGAAUAGCACUUAUUCCCUUGAAGAUAUCCAGCCAAAGGAUAUGAAGCACUUAGAGUUAGUUUUCAGAGAUUUCUUCAAGAGUGAAAUUGAAGAGCUCUCCUCAGCUAUUCCAUCCAUCCAUCUAUCUCUUAACCUCCGUCAAGAAGAGAACAGACAGCUUCAGUCACAGGUUACUGCUUUUUCAGAAGACAUAGGCUUGCUGAAGAAGAAAGAUGAAGAAAUUCAUCGACACAUCAAGUAUCUCAACAGUUCUUUUAGCUCUCUUUUGAAAGAUGCAAUGCGGCACGAAGAAGCACUGGAGGCUUUACUGAGACACGAAUUUCUGGAUGUCUUUUUUGAAGAUGACUUUAGUAGCCUAAUACCAUCAGUAUUUCAGCUUCAAGAAUCUCUCAGAUACUUCUCAGAUAAACUGCAAGAACAAAAUGUGACUUUAGAAUCUCUUGCAAGGAGAUUUCAUCUCUUGCAGAGACGUCACCAGAAUAAUCAUGAUGCUCACAUGCCUCCUAAGCACCCCAAGGAAGAAACACAAACCUCCUCUACUCUACAUGAAGUCAGCAGUCAACGCAGCAUCAUAGAACACAUGGAACCUAACUAUGAGGCUGCCAAAGAUGAUUCCUUGGACAGCUCAGCUUAUAAUGAUAUCAUGACUCUGAAGAAUGAUAUCAAACAUCUGAGCUUGGCAAUCAAGAGGCAUGAAUCCAGAGGUGACGUGAGUCUCUGCAGCAACCAUACAAUAGCAAAUGCAAUUGAGCCACUCAACGCUUCUGUAGAAACUCUCUCUGCAGAUUUAGAAACCAUCAAACGGAAUCUGGAGGAACAUCUGCUGACUUUUAAAAAGCUAUUUGGAACUAAUGAAGAAUUAGUUGACUCAAAUAUAAGUCUGGAUGUUACAAAGAUUCAGUCAAUGCUGAACAAAAAAGGGAGAAGGCAACAGAAAGGUCAAGACAAGCAAAGAGACAAGAAGAGGCCUGAGAAGCACAGAGGAAAUACACAAAUGAUAAGUGGAAGAAACACAGCACAGACAGAACUUGUGGAAAAAGACUCAUUGGUGGCAUUCCAUGUGGGAUUCUCAGAAAGAAAGGAUAAAGAAAAAACCGUGAGGUUUAAUGAAACGUAUCUCAAUUAUGGAAACAGCUAUUUCUCUGAACACGGCCACUUUAAAGCACCACACAAAGGUGUCUACCUGUUUGUCAUCUCUGUGGAGUUCAGCUCAGGACCAGCACUGGGACAACUCUCCUUCAGCCGUGGGUACAAAAGAACUCUCUCAAGCAGUCAGAGGAAAAGCCCACAUGGAAACACCAUGACUACUUUUGCUAUGGCAGAAAUGGAGAAGGGGGAGACAGUGUGCUUUGAAUUGCUACACGGCUCUGUAGUGAAACGAAGCCCACCUGGGACAACUAUGGGUGGAUUCCUAAUAUCUAAAACUUGAAUAACGACAUUUAUGUUUUAUUAAUCUCUUUCCAUAGAUGAAAUGGAUGCAUUCACUAUUGCUUCAUCUGUGAUGUAUUCAAUGCUACUGCAUGUGUUUAAACAUAGCACUACUCUAGGUUUGUCUUCAUGCUUCUUUUCUGGAAGUGUUUGGCUUUUGAUUAGUUGCUUAUGAGCAGCAAUGGGAUUUUCCUUCAAGUGAAAAGCUAACAGUUUGGACUCCAGAUGUACCAGCACACACAUUCCAAAAUCCUUCCAAUGUGAGAAUUGCACAUAAAUGUUUUGUGGGACUUUCUUCACUUUUAACGCAAAUUUCUCCUUUCCCUUGGCAAAAAGAACAUCCUCCCAUGGCAAAUACCCCCAUCAGUGGCAAGGAAAAGAUUUUAGCUAGGACUACACACUCUCAUGUCAAUGGUACCUUAAAACCCAGAAGCCAGGGAAAUUUUACCUUUUAGUUCUCUGUGGACCACAGACUAUCUUGGAAACUCCUGCAACCCACUCCAAUGUUUCAGUCUGUGCACAACAGAAACACUAGAAGAGAUCCAUCAAACCCAGUAAAAUUCACUCUAUUGCCAGUAUCUGCAAGCAAGGAUCUUGUAAAUGGCCCACUCUUUGUUUCUGGGCCUGUGAUGUAUUUCAGCUACACUGCAAAAAUAUAAAGCAUUGUUAAGAUGAAUUACAUUUACAUUUGGACACUAGGAAAAUGUCAAUGAUAUUUUAGAAGUAUUGGUGAAAAUGCAGUUUAUUUUUACAGUUAAUCCUGGAGAUUAUCAUGAAUUCAGCCCAGAUUUCAGCCUUUAGUAAGUAUUUUAAAACCAAGCAAGCAAAACUAAAACCAAAAGGCAAGCUCAUUGGUCUGGUGUCAUUGCUGAAUAGAAAUCUGUAAUUAAGAGUAAACAAAGACUAGAACUUGUGAAAUGUAGAGGGUUUGUUUUUUUAAUUUCCAAAACUUCAAGGUGACCAUACCUGGUCAUGUCUUUUUUUCUGUCAAAUAAAACUUCCUAAAGACUUUCACUUUGAAGAAGGUCAAUUAUUGUGGUAUUUUUGUCUAUCCUAAUACCUUACAAAGCAAUAUUAAAACAAUUAAAUUUGCCAAAAUGAAAUGCACUUUGAAAUUUCCAGUACUUUUGAUGACAAUAUAAAUUCUUAUUAUGUAAAUUGCACCCUUUUAAGGUAGAAUUUUUUAACAAAUCUAUUCUGCUGUUAAGCAUUUUCUCCCCACCUACCUGUAUUCUAAGCAAUGCUAAACUAUCAUUACUUGUUAAAUACCCCCAACACAUUGGUACCAACACACAAUGCACUUAAAGCAACACUUUGACAAGCAGAUAAUACAUAUCUUUUGAAAUAAAGCUACAAAGCAAUUUCAGCUACUGACUUGCUGAGAAGAUUGUUUUCUCUAUCCUGAAAAAUCCAAGAAAACUAGCAACAAAAACGGCUCCUUAUCUCCUCCUGGCUAAUGCUGAUUUCCACAGGAGAUGCCCAGGUGUCCCUGUUUUUCUAGCACAGAGCCACUGCUCACACUGCUCUGCUACAGGCAGCACCAAGUGCCUGCAAACUCAGUGUCCCUUUCUGUCCCACUUUUGCUCAAAAUACCUGAGGGAAGAAAGAGAAGAAUAAAAUUGAAGAGGUAAAAUGAAGAAAACCAUCAAAUUGUAAGAUUAGGUUCUUUCACUAGAAAGCUACCAUCCUGGGUGUCUCGGAUGGGUUUUUACCAGUGUUCCUCCAAUUCCUGACUUUUGUGGUGGCAGUGUUCAGUAGAGCCAGGCCAAGUGUGCUGCCUAGGCCAGGAUGGUUCAAGGAACAUCUCAUCUUCAGCACACACCAAUUCUGCACCUACCAGCCAAGUUCCACAAAUAAAUACUGCUGGGGAAUAUGUAUGUUGCAUAUGGGGGAUAUGAUAUGCAUAUAUAUUUCAAAACACUUUAUUUUUAAAGUUUUGACAGAAAGCUUCAAAUGGAAUGAAAACCAUUUGGAAAUGGACACAGGAAGUAGCAUUGCAGUUCAUCCAGCCAGGACUUCUACAGGUUUGGUGUCCUUCCUUGUGCUUACCAGAGUUUACUUUUGUUGAAGAAUAUUCCAGAUGAGUUCAGAGAACACUGACUCCGGAGUGAACAAAAUGCUAAUAUAAAGAUGCUUUUGUAUUUUAAAGACAUCUUCAAAUAUGUGCUUAAGUUAGCCACCUGCACAUACAAAGAAGACACGCUUGACUGGAAGACUAAUUUUUAGACUAUGAGGCAAGAAAUUAAUGAAAGACAAUGGGUUAAAUCACUCUGCAGGCUGCAUAAGCCAGGAAGACUGACUUCCUUCUCAAGCAACAAGAGAAUGAUGAUUAACCUACUGUGGUUUUGUUUGUUCAAAGCAAUAAACCAGCUUUUUCAUAAGCCUCCAUCUAAACCACUCCUGCAUUUUUUUGUGGGAUGGUUGUUUGGGGUUUUUUAUUAGAUUAACACAGCCACCUCACUAUGACCUGUAUUUUUACUCAAACUAGAGGAACAAAUUCAAUGAAGAUAAUUUAAAAUUUAAAACAUAGCUAUUGGUUGGCUCAGUGGAUUCUGGAGAAUUUCCAAACAUGAAAAUCAACCUGAAGUUGAUCAUAGGCACUGAGAAGAGUUGUCUGUAAGAACUUCGGUUUCCCUCACAGCAGACUGGCUACACUAAUGUGCCUGAUGGCCAGGCAGCAAUAGACAGAGAAAUGUGUGCUCACUCCAGGAUACAGAUAGAUGUAAUGUCAAUCUGACUCUCAUAUUUAAAAAUAAAAGCUUCCAACAGCUUUUAGUACCUCCUAGAAACCUGCCAGAACACAUUGCCACUGCUUCAAGUUUCUUUAUUUCCAGCUCAAACCACUAAGCAUUGCAAUAAGGUAGAAAGCUGUGCAUCUUAGUGCCUUCAAGGAGUCUGCUGCUUUAUGAAUGCCAGUAUUUUAUAGUAUAUUUUAAAAUUAAGGUCUCCUAAUGGUUUUUGUUUUUUUUUCUUUUCCAUUAAUAAGACAAUCUCCUUACUGUACUCCAAAUUCAAGUACCCACUGUAUCAUAUAUAAAUAAUUUUACUUUCUAUAGA